AUGUUGACUAGAUUAUUCAACGAACCUUCACUGCUCCCGGACAUGCAGAAAUUCGGGGGGUGGGUGGAUGACAGCGGGAGCGAGGACUCCAAAAUCAAGGACGAGGAGCAGGAGCGCUGUCACCUAGGCGACGAGGACUUGGAAGACGGCGAUGUGAAAGACGGGAGCAGCCGGGCUCAGUCAGAAAUUGCAGGGGAGGAGGACGAUGAUGAGGAUGUUGGUGAAGAUGAUUGUGGAGAUGACGGGGACGGAGACAGGCCAAAAAAACGUGGGCCAAAAAAACGCAAAAUGACACCGGCUAGGUUAGAGCGCUCAAAAGUACGGCGACAAAAAGCAAACGCAAGAGAGCGCACACGCAUGCACGAUCUAAAUUCAGCACUGGACAAUCUACGCAAGGUCGUACCAUGCUAUUCAAAAACUCAGAAACUCUCCAAAAUUGAAACACUAAGGUUGGCGAAGAACUACAUUUGGGCGCUGUCAGAAAUCCUGCGGAAUGGAAAGAGACCGGACGUGGUUUCCUAUGUACAGACACUGUGCAAAGGCCUCUCCCAACCCACGACCAAUCUGGUGGCUGGGUGCCUCCAACUUAACUCAAGGAAUUUUCUAAUGGAACAAUGUCAAGAGGGAGCGCGCUUUCACUUACCUAACCCCUCGUUCUCAAUGCAUGCAUUUCCGUACCAGUGCUCCCGUCUGCAAAGCACACACUGUCAGUCCGGGUCCAAUGCACAUAGCCUCCGAAAUCACUCUUUCUGUUCGGCCUAUGAGGCUCUGUACACCGAAAGCACGUCCCCAGAAUACAACAGUCCAGAUUACGAGAGUCACCACAGCCCUCCGAUGUGUGUAAGUGGUAACUUUGCUUUAAGACAACAGGAUUCACUGUCACCAGACGCGGAAAGAGGUUAUCAAUAUUCUAUGCAUUACACCAAUCUGCAAGGCUCACGUUCCUCCGCUAGUCAUGGUCUUGCUUACGGCCCAACAGGAACUCGCAGCGGCAGCGCUCACUCAGAGACUUCCACCCUUGCACCGUUUCAUGAUGUACAUGUGCACCAUGAUCGUGCGCCUCCAUACGAUGAACUCGACGGCUUUUUCCACAAUUAGGUGAUUUUCCAUGUUAAUGAAAAAACCCGGCGUGGAAAAGCAAAAUGCAUUUCUACCUUCUAAACGGUUCCUCCCGAAAUCAGGUAGUACUGCUCAUCACAUAAACAUUUGAGUUCAAAGAGCUUAUUUCUUUUGUGAUUAAGGCAUUGAUGUUUUAAGUCCAGAAGGUAAAAGCCAACAAGGAGACAAAAGGCGCUCCCUCCUUAAACUCGACCACAGCCGAGGUGAUCUUAAGCGGCGUCCAGAGGCCACGGGCUGGCACGAAAGCUUGGGACUCAGGAGACAUGCGCUUGCCAAUUCGCUAAAUGUCUUAGCGUCAGUGCGCAGGGCCAGCGGGGCAGCCCACCACAGCGAUGCCAGCUGCGCCGUGUGCCAAGCCUGGCCAAAACUGCAAUGCUGGGUGGAGACGGUGUUUCUUUCUUAAUUCAGCAGCAUCUGUUCAUUACUUCAUAUUUUACAGGGAAGAAUGGUUCAACUAUAUGCUGGCAACUGAAACGGCAAAGCCCAACUAUCGACACUGCACCGUAUAACAGUUGGAACAAACACGUAAUACUAUAUACUAAUUCAUCUGAUACAUUUUAAAUGAAUAAUAAUGUAAUGUAGCUAAAGAUGUUGUGGAGAGAAACAAUAUUCUAGAAUUAAAGCUAUUCUUAAAAUAAAAUGGAAAACGAAAUUGCA